CCCUAACCAUUUUUGGCCAUGAGUAUUCGAAAGUGUCACAUUUUCGGUCAAAUAAGAUUGCUGAUUUUUUUUUUUGAAAUAACUGCAUUAAUCUUCCACCUCAUGUGAAGCUCAUGCAUUUCAUCACCUAUCCCUUCUUCCAUCUCCACACAAAAAUCACACUAAUCCUUUUUCUAUCAUACUGUAAAUUUCUAUCAGAGAUUUGAACAUGGGGGAAAUUCUAAGGUGAGAGGGUUUUGAUUGAGUUCUGUUGAAGGGUUCUUCAGAUUUGCAUAUUCCAUUCUCAGUUUGAACUUUGGCCAUUUGAGCUUCUUCUGCUUCAUCAGGCUUUCAAGCAGAAUGGUGACAAGAACAGUGGACCUCCGGUCGGACACAGUGACUAAGCCAACGGAAGGAAUGCGGGCUGCAAUGGCAAGUGCUGAAGUAGAUGAUGAUGUGUUGGGCUAUGACCCAACAGCCCAACGUCUUGAAGCUGAGAUUGCUGCGGUAAUGGGGAAAGAAGCGGGCCUCUAUGUUCCUUCGGGCACCAUGGGUAACCUGAUAAGCGUGCUCACUCAUUGUCCGAUUAGGGGAAGUGAAGUGAUUCUUGGUGAUUAUUCACAUAUCCACAUUUAUGAAAAUGGUGGCAUCUCCACCAUUGGAGGCAUCCAUCCAAGGACAAUAAGAAACAAUGAUGAUGGGACGAUGGAUCUUGAUCUCAUUGAAGCCGCAAUCCGAGAUCUUAAAUUUGAAUUAUGUUUUCCCACCACUAGACUCAUCUGCUUGGAGAAUUCACAUGCACACUCUGGUGGUAGAUGCCUCUCAGUAGAGUAUACAGACAAAGUUGGAGAAUUAGCAAAGAAACAUGGCCUCAAACUUCAUAUCGAUGGAGCCCGCAUUUUUAAUGCAUCUAUCGCACUCGGUGUCCAACCUAGCAGGCUUGUGCAGGCUGCAGACUCAGUUUCUGUUUGUUUGUCAAAAGGGCUGGGUGCUCCAGUAGGAAGUGUUGUCGUUGGUUCAAAGAGCUUCAUUGACAGGGCAAAGAUCAUGAGGAAGACCUUAGGGGGUGGGAUGAGACAGGUUGGCAUCCUGUGUGCUGCUGCACUCGUUGCGUUUCAAGAAAACGUUUGUAAGCUCGAAGGGGACCACAAAAGGGCUAAGCUUUUAGCCGAGAAACUUGACAAAAUAAGUGGGCUCAAAGUUGAUGUUGCUGCCGUUGAGACGAACAUCGUAUACUGCGAUAUACUUGAGGAGGCAAAUGUAACGGGAUCCGAGUUAUGCAAGACCUUAGCUGGACUUGGCAUUCUUGCCUUUCCAGAAGGCCGACUAAGAAUCAGGUUUGUGAUUCACCACCAGAUUUCGGAUUCCGAUGUGCAGUAUGCAAUAUCCUGCAUUCAGAGAGCUAUGGCAAGAGGAGUGGCAAACGGAGAUUGUAGCCAUUGAAGCUAUGCCUUAUGGUCUCUUUCUCCUUCAACAAUUUCUACUUUGGUACGGAGUAUUUGGUAAAUAAUUCCAUCCCAAGUGCCUUUCCAGUUUUUGUAUUCUAAGAAAUGAAUCUGUAACAAAAAAUUGUUGUGAACUUAAUAAAUAUUUCUCUUUUUUUAUCGAGAAAUUUUGGUAUAUUGUGACAUUUUACGAGGGAGAUGUAUGUGUUGGCAAUUAAUUGGAUUGUAAUAU